UUAUUUGAUAUUGCAAGGACGGAGCGCCACAUUCAACAUUCCUACAUACCUAGACGGCUUGCUUAAAACCUGUUGAAUAUUACGGGGGCUGAUAAAAGUUGUUCGACCAACUAUUAGUUUUUAAGUGUAAACAGUAAAUUUACUUCAUUAACGAUAUGAAUCUUUUUGGGCGUAAGAAGGACCCAAAAGCUCAGUUAAAUGAGAUGACUUCUGUCUUGAAGAGACAGAAAUAUCCUCUUCAGAGAGACAUUCAGACCCAUCUGCGACAGCAAAAACAACUAGAAAUGGCUAUUAGGAAAUGUGCUAAGGAAUCUGACGUCCCUUCCGCCAAAGUUUACGCGAAAGAAUAUGCGGAAUCUAAAAAAGCUGUUGCUCGUUUAUAUCUUGCAUUAUCGCAAAUUGAUUGUGUGGCUAUGGAAUUGCGUCAUAUGGCUUCAAUGAAUAAACUAACCAGUGGUAUGCAAAAAAGUACAACAGUCAUGAAUGCUAUGUCGUCUUUAGUGAAAUUACCUGAACUUCAAUCUACAAUGCAAAAUUUAAGUAAAGAAAUGAUGAAAGCUGGUAUCAUGGAAGAAAUGAUCAGUGACACUUUCGAACCAAUCAGUUCUGUCGAAAAUGCAGAUGAUUUGGUGUCUGCUGAAGUUGAUAAAGUUUUAUGGGAUCUGACGGCUGGUCAGUUAGGUAAAGCUCCAGAGCCCGCAUACGAUCCAUUCUCAGUUUCUAAAGCACAAACUGAACUCUCCGUUUUAUCAGUUCAGGAUGAUGGUGAAACAGAAAUGGAUGCACGUUUGGCUGCCCUUCGCAGUUGAAUAUUUUUUGCCAAUCUUUAAUAUCACAUGGGCUUUCUAGUUAUAAAAUAACUUGAGUUUAUUUUACACUGUACAGAAAAACAGUAAUAUUCAUGAUUCUAUUCUUUGUAUCCAUGAGACAAGCUGUUGCUUAAUUUUAUUUGUACCUCAGGUUUCCAACUAAAUAUCAACAAUAUCUCAAGCUCGCAAUAUUUUUUCAUUAUAGAAGUGAGAAGAUUGAGGUUUUUUGCACAUGUCUAUAUCUAAAGUAACUCGGACUUUACUUUUAUUUCCGUGUUUUUCCGUACUAAAAAAACCAAUCAGUUUCAGUAUAACAUUGCUCUUAUUUUAUAGUAAUAUUAAUUUGUACACAUACCUUGGUAAUUAAUUACUUAUAUUUGAUUUCCAAUAAGAAUAUUCUUAUGGAAAACAUUUUCACUCUGACUGAUUUCCGUUAAGUGUUACUUUAUUUUCCUUAAUAAACGUAAAAUUACUAUCAGGUAGUUAACCAAUGGUUUAGAUCAUAUCAGCUACCGGUAAAGCUUCUAUCAUUUUGGCGAUGCGUGAAUAUUAUGAGGAUCGGACUGGAAUUCUCAUGCUGUUAUGUCUAAUCUAUAUCAGUCUUAAAAUCCUUGUGAAACCUUGUUAAGUUUCUGGGCUUAUUUUUACUGUCAGCUGUUUCUGUACGAAUGUACCGAUCUAAUUUUGUUAACUUUGGUGUCCUAUUUACAUGAAGUUGGCCAAGAUAUGCUUCC